AAAAAAAAAAGGCGUCGACGGCCGGCCACGCGCUUGCCGCGUGAAAUUCCACGUGCAUCGUAGUCAAUGAAUGCCCGGCCAAAGGCACUCCCACGUGAACCCUCUCCGUUUCGGAAAUUCCUUCUCCCGUGCCCGCUGGCCAGGCCGCAGUCUUCCCGCUUGUCAGCGACCCCACCUUCCCUCCUCACCGUCCGCUUUCUUUUGGGCCGAAGCCGAAGCCGAAGCCGAAUCCGAGCCCUUCCGACACACUAACCAAACCAUGACCCAACCCCCCUCCCGGUCCCGGCCCGCUUCCUUUUCGGUUCCCUAUCCCUAUCCGCUUCCCAUUUCAUCCCCGGCGAUAUCAUCGCCGACGCUCCCUCUUUUAUACCUCUUUUACCCAUUCCCUUCGUCAUCUUCUUCCCCUUCUCCUUCUCCUUCUCCUUCUCCUUCUUCUCUCCCUUGUCUCUCUUCUGAGUUCUGAUGGGGGAUCUCACCGAUUCUCUCACCCCUUCCUCUGCUAACUCCCGCCAGGUUCCCAUUCGCGAAGACUGUUGGAGCGAGGAUGCUACCUCUACUCUCAUCGACGCUUGGGGUCGUCGUUUUCUCGACCUCAAUCGUGGAAAUCUACGCCAGAAGGACUGGCAGGAUGUUGCCGAUUCUGUCAACUCCCUCCAUGGCCUUACCAAGAAGACCCAUCGCACCGAUGUUCAGUGUAAGAACCGGAUCGACACCGUUAAGAAGAAGUACAAGACCGAGAGGGCUCGGGUUGCUGCCUCCCAUGGCAGUUUUGUCUCCUCUUGGCCCUUUUACGCUCGUCUUGAUGAACUUAUUGGCCCUACUGUCUCCAUGAAGAAACCCUCCUCUCCUCCUAUGGCUCUUCCUUUGCCCUUUCGGAAGACGCCACCCCCUGCCGUUGCUGCUACUCCUGCCGUCGUCGCCGUGUCUCAGAAGCGGACUGCCGCAGCGAUGGACGACGGGUAUUUUCGGAGAAAUUACUCGGCUAUAGCGGCUGCUGCUGCGGCGGCUGCAUUGACGGAGGAAGAGGAGGACGACGAAGAGGAGGAGGAGGAGCGAGUGAGCGACGACGAGGAGGCGGAAGGGGAGGGCAUGAGUAGGUUGGCAAGAGCAAUUAAAAGGUUCGGGGAGGUGUAUGAAAGAGUGGAAGCCGAGAAGGUCCGGCUGAUGGUGGAAUUGGAGAAGCAGAGGAUGCAAUUUGCCAAGGAUUUGGAGGUACAGCGGAUGCAUAUGUUUAUGGAGACCCAAGUUCAGCUUGAGAGGAUUAAGCGAGGGAAGAAAUCAAAUCCCAGUGACAUCUAGAGGAGGUAGCCGUGUGAGAGGGAAUAACAGAGAAACUUCGUAAGGUACAUACACACGGAAGCUGGUAUUCUCAGGAGAUGAUAAAAACUUCUAAUUUUAACUUCACAAUAUGGAAAAUUAUUUUGUGAAGCUAGCUAAGGCCAACCCCCUUCCCCUCCUCUCCUUGUGGGGGAAGUUAGGCAAACUGCUGUAAUCGACUUUUAGAUGUGAAGCUAAUUUGUGACAACCUUUUAUCUUCUAGUUUCAGAAUUAGCGUGGUGGAUACAUUGAGCUUCUUAAAAUAUCCUAUGCCUCGUUUUUAAAGAUGUUGUUGGGAAAGCUAAUCUGAUAUGAAUGUUGUAUACAGCUUUCCCUCAUCUUCUCAUGUGGUGUAAUGGUAAGUGCUCUUGUUUCACUGAACAAAUUGAGAAAUGUGAUAGUCUAUCUAUUAUUACAA